AUGGUGACCUCUGAAUCACCGAAUCGUAUGUCUUGUGGACAACACUUACGGCCGAAGACACCCCCGAAGAAGACAAUCGCCAACCCAUUGGUUGGGCCGACAGACACGCUCGAGCGGUUCCCAUCGGUGAUGACAGUGAAGGUGUAUCGCAUCACUUGCGGAUCCAUUGUCUUACUGGUGGUGGACUUGAUUUGGGUCUUAAGCGCCGAACUCACGGAAUACCUGUUCAAAGAGCAGAAGUACGACAAACCCUUCUUCUCGGCGUACGUCAAGACAUCGCUGUUUACCAUCUAUUUGUUGGGUUUCAUUGUCUGCAAGUCGUGGCGCCAACAGUGCCCUCAACUCUGUCCCGACGGACGCCGAACCGCACAAGACAUCCGACUCACCGCUAAUGGCGGCCACUCUUCCUCCUCGUCGUCAUCGCUGACCACAAGCGGGUCGUCGACGCCGUUGUACUCAAUACUGAACUCAACCGGUGAUGACGACGACUACGACAGCGGCGGUCACGCGAACGACGAGUCGCUGGACGACAGCUCCACCACAGAGACCAACGGCGCCGACGACGACGACGACCGACACGCGGAGGAGCGGGUGUUGAGUGACCCGAUUUGGGUACCCAUUAAGUUCAGCGCCGACAACGCGAGCGCUGCCAACAGUGAGCGAAGCAGUGGAACCGAUGGCACGGAAUCCGAGUCCGAAAGGAGAGGCCGUAAGAAGAAGACCGACAACUCAUGCAAUCAUCAAAAGUCUGUGCGCUUCUCAAAGCUGACAGAAGUGCGCCAAUUGUCUGAAUCGCAGGCCGAAGAGGCGCUGUUGGCCCGACUCUCAUAUCAGGCGACGAUUCGGGCUCAGGAACUGGCCGUUCAGGCGGCCGCUCGAGCCCAGCAAAACAGACUCACAGUUCAGGAGACUAUGAAACUGUCUCUAGUGUUCAGUUGGUUGUGGUUUUUGGCCAAUUGGUCGUAUCAGUUGGCUCUGCGCUACUCCGAGGCCGGACUCGUCAACCUAUUGUCGUCGACGUCGUCGCUGUUCACCAUAUUAUUGUCGCCGAUAUUCCCGUCACAAUCGGUGAGCGAUAACUUCUCGUUAACCAAAUUGGUUUCGGUGAUGAUUAGUGUGGCCUCAGUUGCGCUCAUCACCACAACCACAACACAGGCCAACGCCGAUCCACUCGAUUACGUACCGGUGGGCGCCCUCUGGGCACUGAGCGGUGCCUUCUUCUACGCGGCGUAUAUUGUUUUACUCCGAUAUAAAGUGGCGAAUGAAGACCACAUCGAUAUUCCCAUGUUUUUCGGAUUCGUGGGUUUAUUUAAUCUGAUAUUCUUGUGGCCGACGUUUUUUAUCUUAAAUUACAGUCAAAUGGAAGUGUUUGAGUGGCCAAACGGUCAACAAUGGGCUAUCAUUCUAGUCAAUGGCCUCAUCGGUACCGUAUUGUCGGAAUUCCUAUGGCUUUGGGCCUGCUUUCUCACCUCAUCCCUAUUGGCCUCACUGUCCGUAUCGCUAACCAUACCGUUGACUAUACUGUUUGACGUGCUAUUGAAGGGAGUGGCGUAUCCGCGCCUGUUCUUCAUGGGCACAAUACCGCUAUACCUAUCGUUCUUCACGAUAACACUGUUAUCUCAUUACGACAAUUGGGAUCCGUUGGCAGCGGUGCUCAUGAAACUAGUCCGCCAUUCGGUACUCCGCAAACCCAACGUACGGGUGUCCGACCCGUUAUAUACCGAACAAAGUCAGUCGCUUAUCAAUGAAUGCAACAAUAGUAGCGCUUAAUUAUAUUAUACCAAUAGUUUUAGUUCAAUAUUUUAUUAAUAAUUAAUGUGUUUUUUGUUUCGCUUUUUAUAAUCAUAUAAAAUUUACAAUUAAUAAUUAUAAUUAAGGGGUAG